AUGGCUACUGCUCAGCUCUCUCGCUCCAUCAGGAUACGCAAGGCAUCUAAGGAAACAGUUUUCCCGUCCCAAAUCACUGAUGAGAGUGAGUCAUUGAUAAUGGUGAAGAAACUUUUUGCUACUUCUAUCUCAUGUAUAACCUAUCUAAGGGGCCUGUUUCCAGAGAGCUCUUAUGGAGAACGCCAUUUGAACGACCUGAGCUUAAAAAUUCUCCAAGAAGACAAAAAAUGUCCUGGGUCACUGCAUAUUAUCAAAUGGAUUCAAGGGUGUUUUGAUGCUUUGGAAAAGAGAUACCUACACAUGGCAAUACUUACACUUUACACAAAUCCCAAGGAACCAGAGAAAGUGACUGAGAUAUACCAGUUCAAAUUCAAAUACACAAAAGAAGGAGCCACUAUGGAUUUUAACAGCAGUAACACAAGCUUUGAAAGUGGGACAAGCAGUGAAGAUAUUAAGAAAGCCAGUAUUCUGAUGAUCCGUAAACUGUAUAUCCUGAUGCAGAACCUUGGACCCCUUCCUAACGACGUCAUACUAACGAUGAAACUCCAUUAUUACACGCAGGUAGUGACCCCACAUGAUUAUCAACCCCCUGGUUUUAAAGAAGGGGUGAACUCACACUUCCUGUUGUUUGAGGGGGAACCUGUCAACCUGCAAGUGGGAUUGGUCUCCACUGGCUUUCAUAAAAUGAAAGUAAAAAUCACAACUGAGGCCACCAGAGUGUAUGAGUUCCAGAACAGUCUCUUGCAGGAGUGCAGCACUACUGAGAUUGCCCAUCAGGGACUAGACUGUGAUGAGGAAGAAGAGGAAUGGAACAACCAAAUUCAAGGAAUGAAUUUUGUGUACAGUCAGCAAAGUGCUGAGAGCUCUGGGAAGAAGAGGAAGAUCAGCGAGCCAGUGAAAGUCUUCAUCCCUAACAGAAAAUGA